AAUAAAACAAUAAUAAUAAAUUCAAAAUAAUUAAAAUUAAAGAUAGUAAUAAUUGUUAGCUGCUCUGAGAGACUAAACGGCUACUAAUCCCAUAUGCACUUAACUGGGAAGAAGCCUCAUUGUGUGUGUCUUUGUAUACACCAUUUUGUACUCCACCCUUUUUUCAAACAUUAACAAAAUGGAUUAUCUUAGACUGUAAACUUCAGAGAAACCCAAAAGACUUCCGGAUGAGACAUUGCACUCAACUGACGAUAAUGCAAGUAUAAAUAACAUUUUUGUUAAAGCAAUUCCUUGACAUCAUCAUCAUCAUCACCAAACUAGUACAUAAAGCACAGUAUCACUCUGUUAUUGUUUCCUAACUCGUUUUUAUGGAUACCAUGAACUGCCGCAAAAGGACAACUAAACAGAUCCAAGAACUAUGCGCUUGAUCUUAGCCAAAAGGCUGAGAAGUGAAGAUCAGAGAACAAAUCAAAGCUGAACUCUCACUAGAAGCUGCAAUGACUAAACUGAGGCUGUUGUACUUUUGAUGUAUGACACAAAAUGACUCAGUGGAAAAGGCAACGCUUAGUAAAACUGAAGGCAGUAUUAGGAAAAGAGCAAGGCCACAAUAUUACAAAUGGAUUGACUCAAUAAAGGGAGACCUGAGUGUGGAAGAACAGGACCUUUUGCAGGUCACUAGUAGUUGACACAGUAAAUAGUAGACCGUUUAUUAAGAUUGUUCUUUAUAACAUUAAAUAAAAAUGAACAUGGGAGAGAUUAACGGUGCAUAGAACCCCAAGGAGGGCAACAUAGGCCUGUAUUAAUAUUACCCCACAAUCGUCUUUAGAUAGGAUUGGCCUUAAACCAAUCAAUCCAAAGGUACCCCAGCAUCAUUACUAAGAAUUUUUGCUGACCAUUAUGGCCUCAUUCUUUUGCUCAUUUCAGUUAUGAGGUCACAUUAGGCCUUCUAGAAUUUACCUUUCCCAUCGUCCAUUGAGUUGGUCAAUGUCCAGCUAACCAUGUCCUCUUUUCAUGUUUUCAUAUACAUGAAGGACUUUGUGGCUCUUUUUCUGGGUCUGUCUUUGGCUGUCGCAGAAGGUAAAUUGUUUGAGGGCCACUCCAUAGGAUUGCCCUGCCUUCCAGGAAACCCUUGCACUCUGGCCUUUAUUUCCGACAACCCAGUGAUCCUGCGCUGUCCUUAUGAGUACUUCGGUGCCCAUAUCUCUUGGCAAUAUCACGACCCAAAGUGGGCAGACAAACAGCCUGUCACCUUUUUGCACGCAGGAAGAGCCUCCUUGCCCUUGCUUGGCCAUGCCAAGUUGCGGAAGUUACGGUUGAAAUCGCGUCUGGUCGUCGGCAACUUGUAUAUCCCAAGCCCCAGCGUAGAGGACUCCGGAUUGUACACCUGCCGCGCAGGCGAUGCCACCCUUGCUUAUUAUCUUGUGGAUUUCCAGGACGCUGGGCACAUCCAUGUCUCACAUGCCAGCCUUGGAGAGGCCACUCUGGUCAAUGCCACAGUGCAGCUAGGAAAAGGAAUACAGGCCAAGCUGUUCACUUCGUGGAGCCCUUGGCAGGCUUGCGAUCGCUGCGGUCACUCCGGGGAAAGGAAGCGCGUGGGCUUUUGUUAUGUCCAGCUGACAUGCAAAGGUGAACAGAAAGACCCACUGCCAUGUGGGAUGGUCAUGAGGUAUUGCCCACACUUGCCGCAACGGGGGCCAGAACUGAGAGUGGAAACCUGCCAUGUUCCUUGUGACACAUCAUACUCGCUUGCCACAGAUGAAUCCAACGUUGCGCCACUUCUGGUUUUGACCACCUACCAUCCCCAACUCGACACCACUGCCUACCUGCGAUGCCCAACAUCUUCCAUCUACAGCCCUGUCUACUGGCAAGAAGGCCCCACAUCACUGACCCGCCUUGAACUUCUCCAGAAGAACAGCUCCCAGAGCCUGGACAAAGCCACAGGUGGUGGGAUCCUACGCCUCUCCUUCCAGAAUGACUCCCACAAUGCUACCUACCAGUGCUAUGUCAAUGGGAACCUAGUAGGCAAGUUUUUGGUUGCCUCCCCAAGUUCCGUGCCACUUCCCAAAGAGGUGGCCCCCACAUACUCCAUCAUUGAAGCACUGAUAGUAGGACUUGCGACGUUUCUGGUCACCCUGAUGUUCCUCAGUAUCAUCCAGUCCUGCAGGAAGAAACCGGUAACCACUAUGGUCUAAGAGAUGCUUUGUGGAUCCUCCAAGAAACAGGACAUAGUUUGCUGUCUAAUAAAAAUAUUAACUGUUAGUACAUUCUAUGUCAGCCUGGGCCUUGCAGCUAUAUGAAUAAAGGGA